UGGAAAAUUGGGAUAUCCCCUAGAUGAGAAAGCAAAGUGUAUGUGCGUGUGUUUUCGGCAGGAGGCGCAGCUUCUGCUCUCUCUCACAGUGUAAAAUGUCUGUCUCUGCUUGAGCCGUGUUUCUUCCUGCUCUGACGCUGGGCUGCCCUCCAUCAGAAACUAAAACAAAGAUGACAAGGCCGCUACUUUUGCGUAAGUCGGAUCAGGGAGUCGUAGCAUAUCUCCAAACAUCAUAUUAGCACACAAGCCCGGCUGGUACUGGAGUGCCAACACGACAUAUUCCCGCCUGAAGUAGUCAGUCGGCGGCGGCAUGUCGCUGAGCUCAGGCGGGUGGACUCACACACCUCCGCCGGCCCAGUCUGCAUCGUCUCACCUCGGCCAGGAGGCCUCGCAGUCGGCCUGCAGCACGGUUUUGAUGUCGGUGAAGGUGUCAGUAUGCCACUCAGGUAUACGACCGCUUUGUCUCCCGGGGGCCGGGGACGAGUCUCUCCGUCUUCAGCUGAGCAUGGACCCGGGGAAGGCAGGGGAAUUCCGCCUCGCGUUACGGGACGUCAGCGGAGCCGCGGCUGGGCGCAGCGUGUCCAUUGCUGAGUUUGACCUCAGGACUGUUUGCUAUGAAGUAAAAUCCCCACAGUGCCAUGAACUGAGUUUGGCAACACCACCACAUGAUCGUAUCACUUUCAACUUCCGCUGUGAGCAAGAAGCACAGGAGUGGGCCACUGUGGUGAUGUCAUCACUCCGGGAGGCACAUAGAGUGGCGAUUAGUUCCUCCAAUGAAGAAAGACCGCUACCUCCUCAGCCUCUGGAUACACCGAGCAAUCCGCCCAUGCCACAUACAGAGGAGAUUUGUGCGGAGCUGGUUAGCGCAAUAGAGGCAGGUGAUGUUCGUUCGGCAUCUGUCUGUGCAUCGUCUUUAGCUAAACAGAGAGCUGCUCUGAGCAUUCAGCCAUCUAAACCAAAUUACACAGACACUGAAAUUAGCCUGCCGGUGGUGGUAGAGGAUGCAUCCUCCUCCUGUUGUGUCACAGUGAAAGUCUUCCCUCACUCAUCAAUUGGUGCUCUCAAACAGCAGGUCUUCACAGACUAUGGUUUUCAUCCGCGUGUGCAGCGCUGGGUCAUCGGCCAGUCUUUGUGCUCUGAUCACCGCUCUCUGGCUUCUUAUGGAGUUCAGCGAGAUGGCGACACUGCGUUCCUUUAUCUCAUUUCUGCCUGCCAGGCUCGUCUCAGUCGAGGACUUUACCAACAAGAUCAGGAGAGUGCUUUGCUAAUGCCGGCUUUGGUGCCAAUGACUAAUCAGCCCCAACAAGAAGCUGUUACCAAUGGGCCAGCACUAAACACAGCCUCAAGACCAUACAGCACCCUGCCUACAAGACUUCAUAACAGCCAUAAUACCCUGAGUAACAGUGCGGGAAGUACAGAGAGGAUGGGUUUGGGUGAUAUUCGUGACCUCAUCAACCUUGAGCUGCCGCAGUUGAAUGAAGCCCUGACACCCAAUAGAACAAGCACACAGCUGGGAUGGGCCUGCCCAACCUGUACAUAUAUUAAUAAACCGACACGUCCUGGCUGUGAAAUGUGUAGCGCAGACAGACCUGAAGGCUACACUGUUCCUGGCAACUACAGACCAGAUGCUCUGGAGCUAAGACGCAUUCAACAGGAAAAAGAAGCAAUAAGGCAGUACCAACAGGCCAGAGAAGCAGAACGCAGAGAGAACUAUGCACGUCUGGUGCAGAUGGAUGGACAGGAUCUGGUUCCUAACCCAGAGAGAGUGGAGUGCAGGAUCUGCUAUGUGGAGCUUGAGCCUGGCGAGGGAGUCCUGCUACGAGAGUGUCUUCACUGCUUCUGCAAAGAGUGUCUGCGCUCUGUGAUUCUGAUGUCGGAGGAUCCUCAGGUGGCAUGUCCAUACAGAGACGAGGCCUACGCCUGCGACUGCGUCUUGCAGGAAAGAGAAAUCAGAGCUCUGGUGUCCGUAGAUGAUUAUGAGCGCUGGCUGCAGAGGGGUCUGUCUGUUGCAGAGUCUCGAUGUGAGGGCAGUUAUCACUGUGCUACAGCAGAUUGUCCUGGCUGGUGUGUUUAUGAAGACACCGUCAACACUUUCCACUGCCCAGUGUGCAAAAAACACAACUGCUUGCUCUGCAAGGCCAUUCAUGAAGGGAUGAAUUGUAAGCAGUAUCAGGAUGAUCUAGCAGCCCGUGCCAUCAAUGACUCUGCAGCGCGAAGAACCAGAGACCUGCUGAAGACUCUUGUUAAUUCUGGAGAGGCGAUGCAUUGCCCUCAGUGUGGCAUCAUUGUGCAGAAGAAGGAGGGCUGUGAUUGGCUCCGCUGUACUGUCUGCCACACUGAGAUCUGCUGGGUCACCAGAGGACCACGCUGGGGGCCCAAAGGUCCUGGAGACACAAGUGGAGGCUGCCGCUGCAAUGUCAACAAACAGAGAUGCCACCCAAAAUGCCAGAACUGUCACUAAAGGGAAGGACCGAGAGAGAGCAGGAGGUACGAAUAAGAGAGAGUAGUGUCAUCUCAUGGCAGUUUGUGACAUUAAAUAAAAGGUUUUGACCGACAUCAGGGUUGCCAGGUCUGUGUAACAAAACCUCCCCAAUUGGUUGCUCAAAACUAGCCCAAUUCCAAGAGGUUAAAACCUGCUUGUAGGGUUCCAACUUGGUCAAAAUCAUGCUCCAGCGGGGAGGGGAUAUUUCACAGACUUUUAAAAAAAACAGCCCACGGCAGCAUUAUGAAAGUAGCUCAGUUCCACAGACUUGGCAACACUGACAGACAUACACUUCGAGUGUGAGCUAACAAAUACUGUUCACCUGUUUUAUUUUCAAGUUACUUUUCUGACAUUUCUUUAACUGAAAUACAGAAAAGCAUAGUUCUGUUGUGCAAAAAAUGUUUCAAUGGUGCAUUUCACACAACUUAAUCAUAAAGCAAUUGAAGGCACCAUGGGGAAUCCACUUGAAAACACACUCCUCCUAUUGGAUGGCUACUGUAUCAGUCCAGUCAGCAUCCUGAUAUUGUGUAAUUAUUUCAAAGACAGAAAAGCUUUCCAUUUGCCAUUUUUAUUUUUCCACCUAUACUAUGAAAAUAUUUUAUUUCUGAUCGACUACAAAAAAAGUGACAUUUGCAUGGCUUGUGAAUGUUCACACAGCUACUACAAAAUGUAAACCCACUUUAAACUGCAUGAAUAUUGCCAGGCUCUAACUAUUUUGAGUUAUUUAAGACCGAAUCGUUUCUUUGAGGAGACUUUAAUUAGUGAUUUGCAAAUGAAAUCUAUCUUUUUAAUGAUUCCGUCAACUGGUAGAUCAUUUAAGUAAAACCUUAAGCAAUGAACAUUAUGUAUAACCUAAAUCAAAAACAUUCUGAUAAAAAUUUUAAUACAAAAAUACAAA